AUGUUCCCCCUCCAUCUCCUCACCGUGUUCUUCAUCGGCAGCAGUGUGGAGGGCCACGAGGACCCGAGGGAGGAUGAGGAGGGGUGGGAGGAGAAGAGGAGGGAGGGGGAGGACAGCAGGAGGCCCAUGUACGACCUGUCCCUGUACAAACGGGGUGACCUCCUGGAGGUGCCCAAGACCCUGUUCACCCACUUUGGCAUCUAUCUGGGCAACAACAGGGUGGCACACCUGAUCCCAGACAUCGUGCCUUUGUUCUCCACCAACAAGGACAUUAUCAGCGAGAUGGUGACCAACGACCGUCUCAUCAUGGGGGUGAUCGCCAAGCAGGCCAGCGUACGCGUGGACACAGUGGAGGACUUUGCCUAUGGCUCAAAGAUUCUGGUCAACCACAUGGACCAUGUGUGCAGCCAGCCCGCCCUAGACGCAGAGGAGGUGGCUCAGGGGGCAGAGAAGCUGCUGGGCGACGUGGCCUACAGCCUGCUGUGGUUUAACUGUGAGCACUACGUCAUGUACUGCCGCUAUGGCACGGCCAUCAGCUUUCAGACCUACCAGUUCUGUAAGGCAGUGAGGAAGAUCUUCUGCAGCAGGAAGUGUGCCCUCCUGUCGGCCCUGACCGGCAUGGGCAUCAUGAGCUACCUCGGCUCCGUCACGCCACUAACCACCCUGCCCACCAUCCUCACCCCCUUCCUCAUCUGGAUGGCAUCGUAGCCAGCUGGCAGCUUUGCCCUUUUCAGAUGGAUCAUUAUCAGAUCAUCACACUCUUUUAUUUGUCAUUUUAUGCCUUUUGGUUUUAUAAGGGUAUUUGCCAUCCACAUGCAUAAGAGUAGGACAAAUAUGUACAGUGUGUAUUUUAUGAAGGAUGCAUGUAAUGUACUGUAUUGAAAGAAAGUGUCACAGAAAGGUUUUAUGUGGGAUGUGAAUAUUUUGUUUAAAAGGUUAUUUAAAAGCUUUCUUAUUUUAGAGAAAAUGUAGGUAACAGAUAGUGAGUAGUCAGUUAGGAUAACUAUUAUUGAGGUGAAUAGCAGUUCUAACUGUUAACUGUUAAAUCAGUUGUAAAUCUUAAAGCUUAUAUUUUAAUGUAUUGUCAUAUAACUUUUUUGUAUUCGUAUAACGUUCGUAUAUAUUCGUUUUUAUUCGUUUUUGUAUUCAGUAAAUUUGGGUAUGCACAAUGUAUAACAUUGUCACAUAUUUGAUUAAACUAGGCUGCUAUGACAUUA